GUUACUUUUUUGAAAGAACGCGGCGAUGUACGGAGAGAUUUUCAUCAAAGCUAGUUUUGUUUAAAUAGAUAUAGUUACUGUUGUAUUCUUAUUAUCUAUUUAAGAUGUAAUUUAGUAAAACAGGGCGGUGCUUUGACGAAUUUCGAUACCACACAAACUAGAGUACGAGGGUCUAAGGAAUAGCGGAGACAUUUCGGAAACAAGUGCGAAAAUGUGUCAUACAAAAAUAUAAAUUAAUUGUGCUGAAAUGUUGAGGAAUACUUUUUUAAUAAAUCGAUGAAAUGCAGUUUCUGGACUAUAAUUAACCCACAAAAGAUAUAAGUAUUAUAUAUAUGUCUCCAAGAAAUUUUCUGCACUCAAGAUGCGGAAUAUCGGUUUGGAUAAGGGUCCGAGUAUAACUGAAGUAAGCAAACAUUUACUAUUAAAACCAGUGAGAAUGUAAAGUAAACUAAACUGAACAUAAUGAGAAAACUUGAUACGUAAUGGAUAUGCCAUAGGAAUAAACAUUGCUUUUGAAUGGCAAAUUGAUUUCUUUUUCAAAACGACACAAUGGAUAAAAUUGCCCGUACUGAUUGGAAAAGGCAUUCAGCACCUUAUGAUUUUACAUUCGAUUUCACAGUGUACAAUACUUCAGUAGAUGCUAUGGUCGAUCAGGCAAUGAAAGCAUUCACUGAAGACACUGGACUACAGAGAACUGCGACAAUCGGUAGAGAACGGAAGAAAAUCGUGUGUGCGCCGAAUCAGGAGAAAACGGAGCUGUCAACAGAUCAGUAUACCCCGGGUGUUCUGAAAGUUUUUGGAGAAACUAUCUUUCCGGGAGUUCAGUAUAAAAGUGUAUUGGCAUCAUGUCGCUCAACCGCUCAAGAACUCGUGAAAGAAGCGCUUGAACGAUUUGGACUUCCAAUAGAAGAUUAUAAAGAUUUCGUUCUAUGUGAUGUGGUAGGUAAAUAUGAACAUGACCCCUGUGAAUCGCGAGAGAUAGAGAAUGACGUGCCAAAAUCUGAUAAAUGGGAACGCGUCUUUACUCGUAUGCUCGCAGAUCGUGAUAAGCCAUUACUUCUGCAGAAGUUUUGGAAGCCAAUCGAUGGAUAUAGCAGACGAUAUGAACUGCAUGAGCGCGCGCACGUGACAGAUUUAACAGACGAUGAUGAUACUUCCGGUCUAAAUCAGAAUGUUCGAAAGAUUUUGAUAUCAAAACUACGACCUGGCGCUAUUCCGUUAUUCGACGCUUCCAGUUUAGAUCGUGAUUCAGAUGGAUUAAAACUUAACGUGAAUGGUACGCUUGAUUGUGAAAAACGUAUGGCACAAUCAGGAAGGCAUACCAACCAGGGAACUACUCAGCCUAAAAGAACAUGUUCGGCUGAACAAGACACGACUAUUCCUUCGAAGCAUCCGUUUUUCGUAAACAUAAGAGGCUAUGAUGUUGUAAAAGAUAGAACGGUUUACGUGAUAAAAUCAAAAAGGUUUUCGUUUGGAAAUCCGAAUUUACGGAAUCAAAAUGAUGCAGACGACACUCCUAGGUUUUCUCUUUUCGCGCCGGAUGUAGAUGCUGUUCAUUGUAAUGUAAAAGUGUACAAGUUUAAAAAAUCAAAUGGUGUAAGUGAUCCAUUAACUGACAGGAAUAAUUAUUUUCUCGAGCUCGAACCAUUAGUCGACAACGUAAGCGUGAACGGGCAUAAGGUUCACGGUAAGAUAUUAGUGAAAAGUGGAGAUGUGAUUAAUAUAGGGAUUUACUAUGUGUUUCUCUUCAAGGACUGCAGUAAAGGAAAUGACAUUCCUUUAUCAUUACCAUGGUUACCAGUACCGGAUAUGUCCGAGGAGGAUGCCGACACUGAUAACUCAGACCUCAAACUAAACCUUGGAAACGGCGAGGAUGAGUCUAACUCAAACACUGAUGAAUCAGUGGACGCUUCUAUAGCCGAACGGAUGUCGUUUGCUUAUACUAAAGAAAAAGAAGAGGAACUAGUAAAAUAUAUUUGUGCAAUAAUCCAACAGCAGAAUACGUGUAAGACUUACUCCCUGACAGUGGCGUUACUGUUUAGUAUGUGUAUAGAACACGCAAGCCGCAAGUUCGAGCGGCGACAGCUGAAACACUUGUUCUUGAGGAUCCUCUUCACUGUCCGAGAGAAUGUGGCUGAUACCGCCAAGUCAUUGUCUGCCUGUAAAUUUUCGUGUACUUUACUAGAUGCUACGGUACCUCCAUCAGAUCGGGACCGGAAACUGGAGAGAUUGUUACUGUGGAUAUCAAACUGUGUUCAACUUCUGCUUUUCCUCAAACAUACUUUCCAGCUUCCGGAACUUCCGCUCUCAGACCGAGGCUCCGCUAGAGGGCGUGAUGAAAAAACGGCGAAAAAAGAAGAAAACGCCAAGCAUGCUUUUGGCCAACUUGUGACAGGGUUGGAAGAAAUCAUUAUGUUCUGUUUUCAGCAGUGUGUCUACACAAUCACAAAGACAUUACACCCAGUUCUUCCGGCGCUGUUAGACAGUAAUCCAUUCAGUGAAGCGAACUCGGAACAGUGUUCAAUGGAGGAUGUGAUCCAUAUGUUUGAACGCUUAGCGGAAGUCACGCAUUCUGUGAUGUUGCACGAGGGGAUCACGCGCCAACUUUUCACUUAUCUUUUCUUCUUCACCAAUACGAACAUCUUUAAUAAACUCGUUAUUGACGAUGGUGGAGUUCGUUAUUACAACUGGCAAAGUGGUGUACGAGUUCGAGCCAAUCUGAGUCAAUUAGAGGACUGGGCGACCCAGAAUGGGCUCGAGGAUGAGUUCAGUCAGAUGUUUGAGCCCCUACUUGCCGUGUCCGAGCUUCUUGCAACCUCCAAAAAUACACUAGUCAAGUAUCAGUGGCCAAUGAUGAAGACACACUACCAGCCACUUAGUCCUGGACAACUUCACCACAUACUGUCAAAUUACCAUAUGAGCGGAAAACCAACGCCAGUCGUCUGGACGCCGACACCAGACGAGAUUGAACAAAUUCGCAAAGAAGAGGUUUAUCUGCUUCCCUUAUCAAACCAUCCGCCAUUUGCAUUGCCGGAUAACUGCGGAAUAAUUGACCUAAUUAGAUCACCGGAAGAUACGUCAUUCUGGAAUCAUCUUCGGCGUCUGAAGUCACUGUAUGGUGUUACAGAAGAUGACAGCGACAGUGGAUUCAGUAUCAGUAACACUCCUCGUGGGUCUUGCAGUGCGCCAAAAUGCGACAUCGCCGAUCCUUUCUUUGAGCAUGAAAACAAAGAGCAGGCAGACGAAAAAUUGAAAAUUGAGGGCAAGUCGAGUAAUCCAGAAUCAGCGCUGAUUUCGAUGCUACACAAACAAAAGAGCAGAUUACCUGUGAAAAAGUGUAACACAAAUCCUUGGGCCAAAGUUCCGAAACCAGGUACUGGUGUUUGUAAUUGUGCAAAUGUUCCGGCGGACGAACUUGCCACUUCCGGUACAUUAGCGUCUGACCUAAUGAAAGAAGAGCGGCGAGAACAAACGGAAACGUCUGAACAGAUAAAAGAUUUGGUGGACAUCAGCAGCAUGUAUGUAAAGGCAAGCGAAAUAAGAGCCAACAACAACAACAACAACAGCCAAACGAUGUGUAAGACAGAACAGAAAGGGAAACAAUCGACACAAAGGUACCAGAAAAGUGUUAUGUCUGGAAACGUAGCAGAUUGUUCUGCUAGAACAUUACCAAAAUCUCUGCAAAUAAAAGAGAGAACUAAAUUAAAACAGUUACAAAGUAGAAUUAGUCAAGCACAUAGUUUCAGCGUUGAUGACUUACCAUUACGUUUGUUGAAACACAGACCAAGUGCAUCGUUUGAAGAGGCUAUAGAACGCGGAUACACGUCAGACACGUAUCAUUGCAAAAGUGCAAGCAUAAGUGAAGCAGAAGAAGAUAAUUUAGAAAAAAAGCAGACGACAGAUGUUCCGGUAAAAUCCCGGACCCCGCGCAAUGGUAUUAGGAGACAUAAGUCCCUUGUUUCCGACAGUGUUUCAAGUGAUGAAGUAUUUCAUAGUGAAAACCACAUAGAUACUAUUUAUAAGGGUUACCUAAGUGAUAUUGCCACGCAACCAUUACCUAAUAAAAUGUCUUUCAAACAGUUAUCUACCUCAGUCAACUCUCAGCUCAAACUGCGGACUAAUGCUCAGAAGCUGACCUCUGUGAAUUUUGAUUCACAGUCCCGUAGGUCGUCUAUUGAACUCACAAAAGACGAUUUAUUUAUAAACAAAGGAAAUAACUUGAAAAGUGCAACUACUGGAAUUGAUUUUGAGCAAGCAGACGACAUGUGUGAAACAGAAACACAUGAGGCGUUUCCAGGGGAAUUAUUUACAGAGGUGAACGAAAGUACAUUAGCUGCACUAAAGAGGCACGGAAGCUCUCUUAAUGUAGCCCCGUCAUCGGAAAAUAGUCCGAGAACAAUAUCAUAUGAGCAAGUUUCGGAAGUUCUUGGACCAGACGAGAACAAGAGAAUGUCACCAUGCCCAUUAUUUACAGUGUAUCUGAAAAGAGGAAAUACUGGACUCGGGCUGGGUCUUAUUGAUGGCCUGCAUACGCCACUACGUCUUGCUGGUAUAUACAUACGCAAAAUUCUUCCAAAUAGUCCGGCUGCACUUAACGGAUGUUUACAAGUCGGGGAUCGGGUCCUGGCUGUGGACGGAAAAAGUGUUAUUAACGCAAACUACCAAAGCACGAUGAAUACAAUCAAAGACGCCGGGGAUACGUUGACGUUGUUGGUUGCCAGGGGCAACGAGUCUAUGGCGACGAAAGUUUCAGUUUCUCAAGUUUAAAACAUUACCAUUUAUAUCAAAAUAACUUGUCAGCACUUCAGACUCAACGGCAUCUCCUUAGGUAUCAGAUUGAAAAUUUUCGACUAAGGAUUAUUUAAAGCAGGGUUUGAUUUAGAGUUUGAUAAGAGAUAGUAACAUUCUGUGAUACUAGAUUAGAACUAAUAAUAAAGUAUUGAUUAACUA